AUGAGCGCGCGCACGGACGAGCAGUGGCUGGCGGAGGCCCAGCAGUGGGCGGACUGGGACGUGAACGCCGGCACCAAGGCGCAAGUGCAGCAGCUCGUGGAGGCCAAGGACGUGGCGCGCAUCCGCGAGCUGUUCGGCAGUCGCGUGGCCUUCGGCACCGCCGGCCUGCGCGCCGUGAUGGGCCCCGGCCCCGCCGCCAUGAACGAUCUGGUGGUGAUCCAGGCCUCGCAGGGCAUCUGCAAGUACCUGACCAAGCAGUUCGGAGACCGCGCCAAGUCCAUGGGCGUCGCGGUGGGCUACGACCACCGCGAGCAGGGCUCGCUCAGCUCCAAGAGGUUUGCGGAGCUCACGGCCGCAGUCUGCGCGCACUACGGCAUCAAGGUUUACCUCUACGAGGGCUUCGUGGCCACGCCGCUGGUGCCGUUCUGCAUUGAGCAGAAGGGAUGCGCGGCGGGCGUAAUGGUCACGGCCUCGCACAACCCCAAGGCGGACAACGGAUACAAGGUGUACUGGAGCAACGGCAGCCAGAUCAUCCCGCCCCACGACGAGGGCAUCGCAAACGAGAUCAUGACCAACCUGGCUCCAUGGAGACUGUACGACUCGCUGGAGUCGCUGAAGAAAUCAUUCCCGACGCUGAUCGAGAACCCCAAGGAGGAGCUCACGAAGCUCUACUUUGAGCGCCCGCGUGCCGGACUGUGCCGCUUCCCGGAGGCCAACACCAACACGACGCUCAAGAUUGCCUAUACAGCCAUGCACGGUGUCGGCCACGCGUUCACAAGCCGCUCCUUCGCAGCUUUCGGUCACAAGGAGUACGUCCCUGUGCAGGCGCAGCUCCUUCCUGACCCCGAGUUCCCCACGGUGGCCUUCCCCAAUCCGGAGGAGGGCAAGGGUGCACUGCAACUCGCCAUGGAGACCGCCGAGGCCAACGGAGCAAGGCUGAUCCUGGCCAACGACCCCGAUGCUGAUCGUCUUGCAGUUGCUGAGCGCGACCCGAGCUCCCAGUCAGGCUGGCGCAUCUUCACGGGCAACGAGAUCGGCGUCCUGCUCGGCUACUGGGAACUUGAGCAGUACCUGCGACUGCACCCGAACUGCGACCGUAAGCAGCUCUACUUCAUCGCAUCGACUGUCUCGUCCAAGAUGCUGCGUGCGGUCGCACAGACCGAGGGCCUCAACUUCGAGGAGACUCUCACCGGCUUCAAGUGGAUGGGGAACAAGACUGCUGAGCUCCGCGAGGCAGGCAAGACCGUGCUGUUCUCGUUCGAGGAGGCAAUCGGCUUCUGCGUUGGUGAUCUGGUCAAGGACAAGGACGGCGUUGUCGCCGCUGCUGUGUUCGCCGAGAUGGCCGUGCAGCUCGAAGCCACCAAGCAAAUGACGGUGGGCCAGCACCUCAAUGAGCUUUAUGAGCGCUACGGCCACUUUGUGACGCAGAACCACUACGCCAAGUGCUACGACCCGGUCAAGAUCCGUGCCAUCUUCGAGCGUCUACGCAACAAUGGCAAGUACUGGGAGAGCUGUGGCGACUUCGCUAUCACCCACGUGCGGGACCUCACUACGGGCUACGACAGUUCUCAGCCCGACAAGCGCGCUGUGCUCCCCGUGAGCAGCUCGACCGAGAUGAUCACGUACACUUUCGCCAACGGCUGCGUCGCCACGCUUCGCACCAGCGGUACGGAGCCUAAGCUUAAGUACUACGUGGAGCUGGCCGGCCGUGUGGGCCAAACGCGUGAGGAAGUGACUUUGGAGUUGAGGAAGCAGGUAGAGCAGAUUGUAGAGCUCAUGCUGCAGCCCAAGGAAAAUGGUCUGGAACUCCCGCCCGCAGACAAGUAG